UGACAGAUCCUUCAGUGUGUCUUGGAGGGGUGAUGUUUCAAAGUCACACCACCUUGCUACUGGGGUUCCUCAAGGCUCAGUACUUGGACCACUUCUCUUCUCCAUCUACAUGACAUCUUUAGGAUCUGUCAUUCAGAAGCAUGGCUUUUCUUAUCACUGCUAUGCUGAUGACACCCAACUCUACUUCUCAUUCCAGCCAGAUGACCCGACGGUAGCUGCUCGCAUUUCAGCCUGUCUGAGUGACAUUUCUAGCUGGAUGAAUGACCAUCACCUUCAGCUUAACCUUACAAAGACUGAACUCCUGGUGAUUCCAGCUAACCCAUUGAUUCAUCACAACUUCUCUAUACAGCUGGGCUCGUCAACCAUAACUCCUUCGAGGACAGCCAGAAACCUAGGUGUUGUGAUGGAUCAUCAAUUAAGCUUCACUGACCACAUUGCUACAACGACCCGGUCCUGCAGGUUUGCCUUAUACAACAUUAGGAAGAUUAGACCCUUCCUGUCAGAGCAAGCAACCCAACUUCUUGUCCAAGCUCUUGUUCUCUCCAGACUGGACUAUUGUAAUGCUCUCCUGGCGGGCCUUCCUACAUGUACUGUCAAGCCUCUGCAAAUGAUCCAGAAUGCAGCAGCGAGGGUUGUCUUCAAUGAGCCAAAAAAAGCUCAUGUUACUCCUCUCCUCAUCAGGUUACACUGGCUACCAGUAGCCGCUCGCAUCAAAUUCAAGAAGUUUGCGCUCUGCAAGUGAACAACGCCUUGUGGUGCCAUCCCAAAGAAAUUCAAAAUCACUCUCACGGACCUUUUCCUGGACUGUGCCCAGCUGGUGGAAUGACCUCCCAAUCUCAAUUCGUACAGCUGAGUCUUUACUAAUUUUCAAGAAACGUCUGAAGACUCAUCUUUUUCGCCUGCACUUAACCUACUAACACCAGUACUUUUCAUUUUCUUGUCUUUGUUCAUUUAAUAAAAAAAAAAAAAAAUAAAUAAAAAAAAAAUAAAUCCUGGCUAUGCGUUCUAUACUAGACUAACUGAGACUUGUCAUGGCACUUGUAUACUGUUGUUGUUCUCCUGUUGACCUGACUGCAUCUAUUGUUCUCAUUUGUAAGUCGCUUUGGAUAAAAGCGUCUGCUAAAUGAUUAAAUGUAAAUGUAAA